AUGUCAACUGUGCACAUCAUUGAGAAAAGCACAGAAAACACAUUACCAUUAUCACCAGUGAUAGCCAUUGUGAACAAGUACAGCCAUGCCAACGUACGAUCCUCGGAAAAGCGAGAGAAUUUCCGACAAAAGAAGACAUAUGCGGCGGAAGAGGCCCUCUCGGAGAGCGAAUUGCGUCUAGCUUCGUCUCGAAAUGAGGUGGUUCAGAUCAAAGAGACUUAUGAGCAUGAAUUGCGGAAGAGAGAAAUGGACUUCAUGGGGGCACGGGAGCAAUUGCAGCUCAGGGAAGAGCACUGGAAGGUCGAGAUAGAACAGCGAGACAGCGAGAGACAGCGACGAGACAUCGAAGUACAGCAGUGGACGCUCGGGAGACAACAGUCGGAGAUCGAAAGACAAGAAUGGGAGGUCGGAAGGCGGCAGUGGGAGUCUAAAGCGGAACGAUACGAUGCGGACUUGAGAGAUAUUAAGUCUCGAUGGAAGCAGACAGCGAAAGAACUGAAUGGACUACGAGCCCAAGGCCAAGGUUUCUAUCAAGUCACCGACAACUACCUCUAUGAUCUGAUCACACAGCUGAGGUACAAGGUUCGCGACUUCGGCAUCCAGUACUUCUCGGAGAAGCUUCCAAAGCGGUCCCAAUUCGAGCCGAAUCGGGUCUGGAAGGAGAACAUGGUGCCUACCACAAGAGACGAAAGCUAUCUGGAUUUGGUCAACUGUUCAGAAACCCGCCCUAGCGUUAUACAAGCCUUUAUGUGGAGAGUGAUUGUUCAAGAGGUCUUCUGCAAGUUCAGAUGGGCUGGGACGGCAUCGUCACCAGUCACGCAACUUUGUAAAGACUUGGAACCGUGUCUGAACGGUGGGUCCCUAUCUCCUGCAGACAUUGAGGCCACGAAAAGGUUCCAUACCUGGAGGGCCACCACUGUCGGUCUGCUCUUGGAUUCCAUGGACGAGCAGAAGCGGCGUCAAGCCGAUGUUGAACUCCAGAAAUGGAUGAGUGAGGUUCACGACGAAGCCCACGUCAACCUCCGUCUCUUAGGGCCAAAUGAUCAAAAGGGAUGCCAACAAGGCUUCCUCGACAUCAUCGAUGAGGCAGUCAAGAUCGACAAGGAAAUCAGCAGGCAGGUGUCUCGGGUAACUUGGACUUUCGGGUCUGAGGAUGUUAUCCAGACGCUCGAUCUUGCAAGCAUGGAGCUCAGGAAGGGAGAAGUGUUCAAGCCAAAAUCGAAAGUAACGUUGGUGACCUCUCCGGGGGUGAUCAAGCAAGGCAAGUCGACUGGGGAGGGCUUCGAGUCAAGCUUUGAUCUGUUGAAGAUGGAAGUUUCUUGUGAGACAGCUGCAUCUUGGCAAUGA